ACUCGUAAACCUCCCGUGUCACCUUGGGGGUCUCUCCGGUCAGACGGUGGGAAGAUGGGGGAAAAGAAGAGUUCCCCUAAAGCCAUCAAGUUCCUCUUCGGGGGGCUGGCCGGGAUGGGGGCCACAGUUUUCGUUCAGCCACUGGAUCUGGUGAAAAAUCGAAUGCAGCUGAGUGGAGAAGGAGCCAAGACAAAGGAAUACAAAACCAGUUUUCAUGCUGUCAGCAGCAUCCUGAAAAAUGAGGGAGUCGGAGGCAUCUAUACAGGGUUAUCGGCCGGUCUCCUUCGCCAGGCCACCUAUACCACAACACGUCUUGGUAUUUAUACCAUCUUGUUUGAGAAGCUAACAAAAGCCGAUGGCACACCCCCUAAUUUCUUAAUGAAAGCUGCUAUUGGGAUGACGGCAGGGGCUACCGGAGCCUUUGUGGGGACCCCAGCUGAAGUGGCUCUUAUUAGAAUGACGGCAGAUGGAAGGUUACCUCCUGACCAGCGGAGAGGAUACAGCAAUGUGUUUAAUGCUCUAGUGAGGAUGAGCAGAGAAGAGGGGAUCACCACGCUGUGGAGGGGUUGUGUACCCACCAUGGCACGCGCUGUAGUUGUGAACGCGGCACAGUUGGCUUCCUACUCCCAAUCCAAGCAGAUCCUCCUCGAUUCCGGAUAUUUCCGGGACAAUAUCCUGUGUCACUUCUGCGCCAGUAUGAUCAGCGGGCUAGUCACCACGGCUGCCUCUAUGCCUGUCGACAUUGCGAAAACCAGGAUACAGAAUAUGCGGAUGAUAAACAGAAAGCCUGAGUACAGGAACGGAUUGGAUGUCCUCAUGAAGGUGGUGCGAUAUGAAGGAUUCUUCAGCCUCUGGAAAGGCUUCACCCCUUACUACGCCCGGCUGGGACCUCACACCUUCCUGACCUUCAUCUUCCUGGAACAGAUGAACAAAUACUACAAACAGUUUUUCCUGAGCGGAUGAUGAGACUUCCAACCCCCCCUCUUCUAUUUAUCUGGCCUGCAGACC